AGUAGUGACAGUUGUUUAUAUACGGAAAAUGGUUGUCGAUAAAAGUCCUAUUUCUGGCAAUGCUCUGGAGCAAUUUGUGUUGCUAAGUAAGUCAGCAAAGGGUGCAGCAUGCGUUGAAUUAAUUAAACAAGCUUUGGAGGCCCCAGGGGUUUAUGUUUUUGGGGAAUUGUUGGAUAUGCCAAACAUUACAGAGCUUGAAAAUGGGCCUUUUAAAAAUGCUUUUAAUGCUUUAAGUUUGUUUGCCUAUGGCACAUUUAAGGAUUACAUUGCCAAUCCUGCCGAAUAUUUUGAGUUGACACCACUGCAGAAGAAGAAGUUGCAGCAUUUAAGUAUUGUUACGUUAGCCACCAAAACAAAGUGUAUUCAAUAUAACACAUUAUUGCAAGAACUGGAUAUGAAAAAUGUCAGGGAUCUUGAGGAUUUGAUAAUUGAAGCUAUUUACGCAGACAUUAUCCACGGUAAAUUGGAUCAAAAGAACAGUCUAUUAGAAAUCGAUUAUGCUCUGGGCAGGGAUAUAAGAGCCAAAGACAUAAACAUAAUUGUCAACUGCUUGGAUGAGUGGUGCUCAGCUUGUGAGGGGGUUUUAAGUUGCGUUGAAACGCAAAUUAUAAGGGCCAAUACUGAGAAAACUCGCUGUAUGACAAGGAAGGGAGAAAUAGAGCAAGAGAUUGUAAAUAUCAAAAAAACUUUAAAGACUCAAUUGCAAGAGAGGUCUGAUGGUACUGAUGAGGCCAUGGCUACGGAUAAUCGUGAGGCAGCUGCGACAGGGGAAAAAUCAAAGAAAACAACAAAAACAAAAGGUAUAAGACAUAGUGGUAAGUUUUGGUUAAAGUCGUAAUUAUUAGGAUGAGGUAAUUAAUCGUUUAAAUAUUUCCAAAAUAUUAAUAAAAUAUCAUUGUUAUGUAAUUUUGUUGGAUUUAUAUUGCUAGUUAAGCUGAUAUUUUUUAAUAUAGAUUUGUCUAGAAUUAAAUAGUUG